UCAUUUUUUUGAUGUAACUUAUCGUCUAAUAUGUCCAUUUGAUUCCCUGCUAUUUGUGAGUUUUUGUUGUGAAAUUCUUCAAUUCGAGCCCAGAAGAAAAACAUAAUGGUAGAAGAGGAAUUUGUGUAUCCUAUGAGAAAAAGUUUCCGUCGAAGACCUCAGAGUGCGAAAGAAGGAAGAACUUUUCUCAAUCGUAGAGCAGAAAAUACACCCCAGCAAACUUCAAAGUCCGCAGGUAGGCUAAGAAAUCAGCCGAUCAUCCGUCAAAAUUCAUCAUCCAUAGGCACCGAUACUACCGGUGCAGCCAUUAAGACAAUCAACAACAUACUGAACGGCAUAACAGAGUCUGUGAACCGGCUGACAGAACUGCAGUACAGAAUUCCUGAAAAGGGCAAUUCAGGAAGAAACCAUAACGUGAAAUCAGCAAAGACGCCAGCGGAAGCAGAACGUGUCCCCAAACCCCCCGUGGUCAAGAUCAAAACCCUGAGGAAGAGGGGGAAGACUCUGUCCUCUAAACUCUCCACGAUCAACUCGUCCUGGUCGGACGUGUCAGCGAAGAGGUCCGGAAGGAUGUCGGGCAAAGUGAACGAGAAGAAGAGCCAAAAGGAGAAGAUGGAGAGGAUGAACACCGAGAUCAUUGAGCCUUCGACGGCUACGACGCCGGUCAAGAAGAAGUUGAAGCCUUAUACGAAGACCAGCGUGGACCGUCACUAUGGCGGCUCGGGAGCCUCCAGCAAACCCUUCGAGUUUUCGCCCCACAAGCUGGUGGAGAUCUACCACAACAAUGCGGCUAAGGAGAGCGAUUCGGAAGAGGAGAAGAACAGGACGAAAGUUCAGAUGAAGGUGAAAACAGACAACAUCCCCCACAUCAAGAUACCCUGUCACGAUUGCGGCGACUGCAAGGAUAUGAAAAACUGCAGCCACAUGCGCGAAGACUCCUACGAUGAACCCCACGCGCCCCGUGCAUGCUACACCAACAGGAGCUAUGAGCUGCCCACGAUUGCAUCGAAGAUGAAGCAGGCGGUCAAGCUCGACUUCAACAUGUUCAAUUUCAAGGCCAUCCCGUUCUGUCCUGUGUCGUCGACCACUCCGAGUCACAACAUCGGAAUCAACAUCCAGCAGGUUAUGAGCAUCAUCAAGACCCGUCAGCCGGUCCAGGGCAUUUCCCCCACCUUAGCGCACAACAUUAAUCUGGCGGCGGAGAAACUCAAUCAUGACCCUCUGACUUCUUUCGUUUCCAGCAUGACUUCAAAGAUGGGUUACGGUAAAUCCGCCUGUCCUCUGAAUAAAUACUCCCUCAACUACCGCCACCUAGAGGAGAUGGCCCGUACCGUUCCGGAAGAGCAGACAGAAGAAUUGGAUAGCGGCACGAACGAAGUAGGAGGUCCGUCUGGAGACAUGCAGACAAGGGUUCCCCCAGGGCCCAACCAGUGGACCACUGACAGUAACAAGAGGAGCUGCACGUGCGCGCCAGCUAUUGGAGUAGAUUUCCAUCAAGUCUACAAUAAGUACCGUAACCAUCCGACUUCAUACGAUCAUAAGAAUCAUUACACCCGGCGCACCGCUCAAACUGCGAAACCCCAGUACCACGAAAGCAUGUCGAGAAGGAUUAGGCCGGCCAGCUGCAUGGACGAUCGCUACCAGCAGGAGCCCCCUGCCUUCGUACAGCAGGAUCCCACUGUGACGACGCCGCUGAACGGGAAAGAGAAGAACCUUAAGGACGUUCUGAUGAAUCUGCACGAUGAUUUCGAUGCUAUGAAUAAGAGAUUUGAAACUCUUACAAAUCAGGUAGCUUCCGGAGAGGCGUCAAAAGAGGCUACGGAUGAGCUCCAAGAGCUGGAAGAGCAGCUCAAUAAGAAAGAAGAAGAAAUCACCAUCGUCAUGAGUUUGUACAAGGAGGUGCUGGCCCUGAAACAACAAGUGAAGACGUUGACUAGAAGCAGUGCUGAAAUCAACGCCUACAGACAGCCCAGACACGAUGACUAUAGUGCUAAACCUGCUAAGCACAUCACCAAAUUGUUGCAGCAGAUUCAGCAGCAAAACAUUUAUCAUAGGAAUGGACAAAAUGGUUACGUUAAUAUGUAGAAUAGAUAGUGAAAUAAAAUUAUUUAGAAGAAAA